AUGCAUUACAAGAUGAAGAUCAGAAUGUUCCCUGAACCCUGGCCCCAAGAUCUGGGAGACAAACGGCCCCUUGCAGUGGCUAUGGUUAGGGGUGCUGCCUUCCAGAUUGGGGCCCCUUUGCCCCUUCUAUCGGCUGCUUGGACUACGGAUCUCAGCUGCCGGCCUGGUUUCUACAGCAAGGAUGAGUUCAGGCCCCAUCUGGACAGGCCUCCACAGGACCCUGGGACACCAGGGGCAAAUGGUCAACCGUUUGCAUGGGGCAGGUUGACCCCUGAAGAAUUUCGAGAGAAACGUGAAGGGCUGACCAGAAAUCAGUUCAACCAGUUUGCCAGUGACCGCAUCUCCCUGCACCGCAGCCUGGGCAAUGAUACACGGCAUCCUGAUUGCUUAAAACAGAAAUUCCUGCGUUGUCCCCAUCUUCCCACCACCAGUGUGAUUGUGGUGUUUCACAAUGAGGCCUGGUCCACUCUGCUGAGGACCGUCUACAGUGUCUUACACACAGCUCCGGCAGCCCUGCUCAAAGAAAUCCUGCUAGUGGAUGAUGCCAGCACUGAUGAGCACCUGAAGGCUCGUCUGGAUAAGUACAUACAGCAUCUGAAGGUGGUCCAUAUCCUCAGACAGGAGGAGAGGAAGGGGUUAAUAGCAGCUAGGCUACUUGGGGCACAAGCUGCACAGGGAGAAGUUCUCACCUUUCUAGACUCUCACUGUGAGUGCUUCCCUGGAUGGCUGCCGCCUCUUCUGUCUCGAAUAGUGGAGCACCCUACUGCCGUGGUGAGCCCCAUGAUAGCUGUGAUUGAUCAAAACACACUAGAGUUCAGUAAGCCUGUUGCCGACCCCAAAUUUCAUAACCGUGGGAAUUUUGAUUGGAGCCUCAAUUUUGGAUGGGAGCCUGUCCCAGAGGAGGAGAGGAAGCAAAGGAAGAAUGAGAGAUAUCCCAUCAGAACUCCUAUCUUUGCUGGUGGCCUUUUUUCCAUAUCCAAAUCUUACUUUGAACACAUUGGGACUUAUGAUGACCAGAUGGAGAUCUGGGGAGGUGAAAAUUUGGAGAUGUCCUUUAGGGUGUGGCAAUGUGGGGGUCAUCUGGAGAUUAUCCCCUGUUCUGUGGUAGGGCACAUUUUCCGCAAAAAUACCCCGCACACCUUCCCAAAGGGUAUAUCUGUGAUAAUUCGCAACCGUGUUCGGUUGGCUGAGGUCUGGAUGGACGACUACAAACAGAUCUUCUACCGUAUGAACGUAAAAGCUGCGACCAUUGCCAAGGAGAAUAAAUUUGGUGAUAUUUCUGAACGCCUCAAACUCAGAGAGAAGUUAAACUGUAAAAACUUCACUUGGUAUCUUAACAAUAUAAACCCAGAGGCUUAUGUACCUGAACUUAGGCCUGCCAUGACUGGAGCGCUGGAGAACUCUGGUGCAAAGAAGUGCUUGGAUGUAGGGGAUAAAAAUAUGGGUGGGAAGCCAGUUACAAUGUACACUUGUCACAACAUGGCAGGAAACCAGUAUUUUGAGUACACGUCGCAGCAAGAACUUCGGCAUAAUUUCCGCAAACAACUGUGUUUGCAUGCAACUCCUGGAGCAGUUCUGGUUACUGUUGAACUAUGCCACUUUAAGGGCAGAAGAACUAAAGUGGCUCCGGAACAAGAGUGGAACUUCACGUCUGGACACACUCUGAAGAACCCAUUUACGGGCAAAUGUUUGGCAGUAGACAAAAGCACAGUGAUUAUGAACACCUGUGAGCCUACCAGUCCCAAUCAACAGUGGGCCUUCAGCUGA